AGGAGUGGUGAAAAGAAGUUCUAACAUCGAGUAAUGGGUAAUUCUGGGAGCAAAAUUAACUUUCGCAAAGCAGUGAUCGAACUUACAUCGAAGAAAUCGAAAGUGGAAGAGGAUGCAUUCUGGGAAGAGUUAUGGGCUUCUAAUAUAAACAGUGCUGCGGAUGUUUUUGCAUUGAUAACAGCGGACGAUGUCCGUUCAUUGCGUGAUAAUUCUCCAAACAAUCUGGCAGCUUUAUGUUAUAAAACUGUGGGUCGAAUAACGACAGCGUGUAAUUCUCCUUCAUCCAUGUCGUCAACAAAAGUACUGAAUUGUGUACGACUUCUAACAAGAGUUUGUCCAUAUUUAUUCGAAGAUUCGGACUGGAAAAAUUUCUUUUGGUCGGUACCACCUGCAGAAGAAAACGAGCAGUUUCCCCAUCAGCCAUUGGCAUGCACACUGGUAUCUGCGCUUACCGAUCUACUCUUUUGUCCCGAAUUCACCGUUUCAUCUCUUAGAAGCCAACCGGAAGGGCCGGAUGAUCUAAGUGCGAUUGACAGCUGCGAAUAUAUAUGGGAGGCUGGAGUUGGUUUUGCGACAAGACCACCGCAAAUAGCAGAACAUGAUCAACGACGGACUGAAAUUCUCAAACUUUUACUCGCUUGUUUUUCAGAAGUCAUUUAUGUCCCAGAUAUUGAUGAAAAUAGAAUGAGAUGGAUAGCGAGAUUUACAUCUGCAGAAAAUCGUCAUGUUCUACCACUUUUUACUUCUUUGCUGAAUGUAGUUUGCGCAUAUGAUCCGAUCGGUUACGGCGUACCUUAUAAUUAUUUACUUUUCACGGAUAGCAGAGAACCACUUAUGCAGACUGCAUUACAAGUGCUUAUUGUGUGCUUGGAUAGUGAGACACAGUCAUCUGACAAGAAAAACGAGUACGCAGACAAUUUUUUCAUUAAUUAUUUGUCAAGAAUUCAUCGUGAGGAGGACUUUGAAUUUAUGUUAAAAGGCAUGACUCGUUUACUGACAAAUCCGUUAGUUGCCACCUAUCUUCCGAGUUCUACCAAGAAAAUAACAUGUCAUCAGGAACUUCUCGUUUUGCUCUGGAAAUGCUGCGAAUACAAUCAGAAAUUCAUGUUUUAUUUAUUGAAAACAAGUGAUGUUCUGGAAGUGCUUGUUCCGAUAUUAUUUCACAUUAGUGCUUCUCGCAAUGAUCCAGCUCAUGUUGGUUUGAUACAUAUGGGUGUUUUCAUUAUUCUAUUGUUAAGUGGUGAGCGAAACUUUGGUGUACGUUUAAAUAAACCCUACACUCCACGGACAGCUAUCGAUGUGCAGUCAUUCACUGGAACACAUGCAGAUUUGCUUAUCCUUGUGUUCCACAAGCUGAUAACCACUGGCAAUCACCGAUUGCAGACACUUUUCGACUGUCUUUUAACAAUUAUUGUGAAUGUGUCACCGUAUUUGAAGUCCAUUUCGAUGGUUGCUGCUAAUAAGCUUAUUCAUCUUAUUGAGGCUUUUUCAACUCCCUGGUUUUUGUUUUCAUCACCGACAAAUCAUCUUCUUAUUUUUUUCCUUCUUGAAGUUCUCAAUAAUAUUAUUCAAUAUCAAUUCGAUGGCAAUUCAAAUUUGGUGUAUACUAUCAUUCGAAAGCGCCAAGUAUUUUAUCAGCUGGCAAAUCUUUCAUCUGAUUCGACAUAUAUCAUGAAAAUGCUGCAGGGGCGCAAAGGUCGUAAAAGUGGUGUGAUUACUGAAUCCAAGUCAUCAAUUACUACAGGAAAACCUGUUGGUGUCGUGGAGAACAAGGCAAACAUAAAGGCUACUUUGGCUGAAACGCCGCAAGUAUCAACAAUGACAGAAAAAGGCAUGAACGAUUUGGGACAUGAAAGUGACGAUGUACAGGAAGGAUGGGUGGCAACAACGGAUUGGGUAGAAUCGUGGAAAAGUAAACUACCCCUUCAAACGGUGAUGAGACUUCUGCAAGUUCUUGUACCACAAGUUGAGAAGAUUUGCAUUGAUAAAGGUUUAACAGAUGAAAGCGAAAUCCUGAAAUUCCUGCAGCAUGGGACCUUGGUAGGAUUGCUACCCGUUCCUCAUCCUAUACUUAUUAGGAAAUAUCAGGCUAACGCUGGUACCAAUCACUGGUUUCGGACGUAUUUGUGGGGAGUCAUCUAUUUGAGAAAUAUCGAUCCACCAAUUUGGUAUGAUACCAAUGUUAGAUUGUUCGAAAUCCAGAAAGCCUAAAAUUCCCAUCCUUUCUUUUGAGGUCUUUGUUACGAAUGGUUGUAUUGAAAUUUUCCUGUUAUUGUUUUCGUUGACGAAUGGGAAAAAAUUGUCUGAAAAAAGAGUGUACCUUCUCAACCAGUGUUUUACUUCACUAAUUCAACUUUUCACAUCAAAAAACUAGAUGGUUAACUGAUAUCAUUUCACGCUAUAGCGGUGCUGAGUUGUCUGACUUGCAAUUAUUUCUUGGUUUUGUGCGAUCAGGAUUAUAAGCUGUAUAGCUUGAUGUAAAAUGAGGUGAUGUAAAAUGCGGUGUAAGUUCUUAAGGUUGUGCUAUGAUUGUUUUUUCUUUCUCGGUGUAUGUAUUAUCCAUAAUACAGACGAAUUCUUUGUAAUUUCUUUCUACUUCAGCAGCCUUUUUGUGGGAACAUCCAAUAAUUUAUUCCUCAUAUCUCAGAUAUGAUGCGUAUUGUAUUUCCUUCCAGUGAAUUGAGCAUUUCUCCGCUUAUUAUUAGGCUUGACAGGAUUGCGUUUCACGUCCAAAUGUUUUUCCCAUCAUCUAGGAUACUUAGUUUGAUGUUUGUGUAGUUUGGUUUACAAGCUUUGUCAUCUAACAAAACAAUAUUAGGUCGUAUUUGAUUGGUACCAUUCUUUGAAAUCACUGGAACCUAGUUUACUGUCCACUAUCUUUCUUUGCUUUCUUGUUUCCUUUCCGAAAACUAAACCUGUAGUCUGGUCUUAAACUUAUUGCAUAUUUGUAUUUGAAAUAAAAUUAGG